UAUUAUUAUUUUCAUUUAUCAAAAUAAUAAAACGACGCCAGUUUAUAAAUUAUUUACAUCUGCGCGUUUUUUUGAAUGAUUGAUUUUUGCACUUGGCAGUUUCCCAUUGUGCACUCCGCACGUGCUUAGGCAUUUCGCUGAUCGCAUUGCACGAUACAAGACGUCUGUCGACUGUAAACAGGCAGUCGCUUUUAUAAUAGCCAACAUUACUGCACAACAAGUCUUUCGGUGCAAUUCUUACUUGGCGCCCGUGCAGUAUAACAAACUCUAUCCGCUCUUAUUAUUUUGUGCCGAAUGUUGUGAUCACAAUGGUGGAUCCCAAGAAACAUAAAGAAAAGCACGAUGGGACUCCCAUAGAUCGUAACUCGAAUUUUGGAGAUUAUGUCAAUUUUCCACAGCAAGAUAAUCACAUCUCAAACGGGUUAAAUGGUGCAGAUGUCAAUGGCCGAGAUGGUGCCUCUACGAGCACAACUGCAUCGAGGCAACACAGAAAUCUCCAGUGGAAUGAAAUUCUUGAAAGGGUGUCCAAAGAUGCUAUACCCUUCUUCAAGAAAUUUAACAAUAUUGUAUCAAAAUUAUUAUCAAAAUUAUGUGAGGGUCCAGAACUUAUUGAUCACUUAGCACUUACUUCAUUAAGAUUUUUAAUUAAAGAUAAGGUUGUUAGUGAACAAUCAAUACUAGAACUGAAGGAAACAUUGGGGGAGUUAGACCAAAGCACAAUUAAUGAAAUGACACAGACUGCAGAAAAUAUUAGAAGAAAAAUAACACAUGAAGAUUUAUUAUUAAUUUUAAAUCUUGAAAGUGGAAAUGGAAAUAGCUUAGAAGGAUCAUCAGCCAGUUAUUCACGCUGUUCAGAGUUAUAUGAUACUAAUUUCACAUGUGAUCCUGAUAUGUAUGACUGGGGAGAAGAUGAUGAAUAUCUUGGAGAUGAUCAUAUGACAGGUAGAGCUUUAUCGCCUGAUAGAGUUGAUCGAUGGUUGACAUUACCACCUGUAGAAACAAAAUCAACAAAAGUUCCAAUACCAAUUACAGCAGUAGCUAAAAAAUCAGAUUUUGAUAGAAAAUAUUAUUCUAAAGAGUUGGCUGAAGCCUACAAAAAAUAUCAAGAGACAAUGUCUUAUGAUGAAUUUGAAAGAUUUAUUAUAGAUAAAUUAAAAAAUAUUUCACUGGCACAGAGUGAAUUAGUUGACUUGAUGGGGUUCGAUAAAAUACAUUUCAUAGAAUAUUUAAUAGAGCAUAGUAAGCAAAUAAUAGCUUGGUUCAGCAAUCAAAUAGUGGCUAAAACGUAUACGUCCGUUCAACAAAAAGUACCACAAAUAGCGUCUCAAGUUAUUGUACACUCAGAAAAAGAAAAACAAUUAAUGAAACAAGUGCGUAAAGAGGAAAAAAAAUUGCAGAAAGUGGCCAAUAAAUUAGAAAAAAAUGAAAUUGAUGAUGAAAUUAUUGAUUUAAAACGGCUACAAUUUACGAAAAAAGAAGCAUUGAAGGCAAAAGCUGAACCACUUUUUCCAAAAAAGAUCAUUCACUUGCCUACAGUACCUCAGAAAAGAUAUCCAUUUGUAUUUGAUUCAAAAUUAGAUGCUAAAACAUCUGCAGGUUUUAUUUCAGGAAAACAAAUGGUUCUCUCUGAAGAUGUUAUUAGAGUUGACUCAAAAAUCUCUGAACGAGUUGAUAUUCCAGUACCAGAACCAAAACCUCUAAAUAUUGGAAAUAAUUUUGUGGCUAUUGAGACUCUAGAUGAAAUAGGAAAACUUGCGUUUAAGGGAAUCAAAUCCUUGAAUAGAAUUCAAAGCAUAGUUUUUGAUGCAGCUUAUCACACCAACGAAAAUUUACUUAUAUGUGCUCCAACUGGAGCAGGAAAAACAAAUGUAGCCCUGUUGUCAAUUGUUUACUGCAUUAAGCAGCAUAUUGACAAUGGUGUUUUACAAACUAAUGACUUUAAAAUUGUUUAUAUAGCACCAAUGAAAGCUUUAGCUGCAGAAAUGACAGCUAACUUUAGUAAAAGAUUAGCAAGUUUAGGAAUAACUGUAAGAGAAUUAACGGGUGAUAUGCAAUUAACAAAAUCAGAAAUAUUAAAAACACAAAUGAUAGUAACAACCCCCGAGAAAUGGGAUGUUGUUACUCGGAAAGGUACUGGCGAUGUCGAACUUACAAGAAUAGUUAGAUUACUAAUCAUUGACGAGGUACAUUUAUUACAUGGAGAUCGUGGACCCGUAGUCGAAGCUCUCGUAGCUCGAACACUUCGACAAGUAGAAUCGUCUCAGAGCAUGAUCAGAAUUGUUGGCUUAUCAGCUACGCUGCCAAAUUACGUUGAUGUAGCACAAUUUUUACGCGUCAAUCCUUACAAAGGUCUAUUUUAUUUUGAUCAUCGUUUCCGCCCGGUGCCCUUGAGCCAAUCAUUUGUUGGUGUGAAAGCUUUAAAACAAAUGCAACAAAUGACUGAUAUGGAUCUCGUGUGCUAUGAAGAAGUUGUCCACCAUGUAAGUCAAGGCCAUCAGGUCAUGGUUUUUGUUCACGCUCGAAAUGCUACAAUAAGAACAGCUAAUGUGCUCAAAGAACUGUCCAUGAAAGACCAAACUCAAUCUCUAUUUGUCUCUGAUGAAAGCAACAAAUUAGCUCAAAAAGCGUUUCAACGAUCCCCUAAUAAAUAUUUGGCCGAGUUAUUCGAACAUGGAUUCUCAGUUCAUCACGCUGGCAUGCUACGUACCGAUAGGAACCUAGUCGAAAAGUAUUUUGCCGAAGGUAUGAUUAAAGUACUAGUUUGCACAUCAACACUCGCUUGGGGUGUCAAUUUGCCUGCUCAUGCUGUUAUCAUUAAAGGAACUGAAAUUUACGACUCAAAGCACGGAACAUUUGUCGACUUAGGUAUACUGGAUGUUUUACAAAUUUUUGGGCGUGCUGGCAGACCGCAAUUUGACACAUCUGGUCAUGCCACUAUAAUAACAACGCAUAACAAAUUGUCGCACUAUUUGUCUCUUUUGACAAAUCAAUUUCCCAUCGAAAGUAGUUUCAUUACGUAUUUGGCUGACAACUUAAACGCCGAGAUUGUGUUAGGUACUGUAUCAAAUGUCCGGGAAGCCGUGGAGUGGCUUAGCUAUACAUAUUUAUUUGUCCGAAUGAAGUUGAAUCAUCUCGUAUACGGGUUAGAUCUCGCGUCAUUUGCCAGAGAUCCUAAUCUGGAAGAAAAGCGCACACAGUUGAUCCAUACAGCCGCUAUGAAUCUUGAUAAAGCACGAAUGAUACGAUACAAUACCGCUACCGGUGAUUUAAAUGCUACAGAUCUUGGUAGAACGGCGAGUCAUUACUACCUAAAGUAUGAUACUAUUGAAAUUUUCAACGAACUAAUGAAACCUGCCAUGACGGAAGCUGAUAUAUUGGCUUUGAUAUCGCGCUCGCAAGAAUUUCAACAACUCAAAGUUCGAGAAGAAGAAAUGGAAGAGCUUGAAACGUUGCAGUCCGAGUAUUGCGAAGUUGCUGCACAGGGAGGCAAAGAAAAUAUUCACGGGAAAGUCAAUAUCUUGAUGCAGACCUAUUUAUCGAAAGGUCGAUUGCAAUCAUUUUCUCUAAUAUCGGAUCAGGCAUAUAUUGCUCAGAAUGCAGUAAGAAUAUGCAGAGCACUGUUUGAAAUGGAACUUCGUGAACACAACUCGCUGAUGGCCAGUAGAAUUCUCGAAAUGGCUAAAAUGUUGGAACUUCAACAGUGGGAUCACAUGAGUCCUCUUCGUCAAUUUUUCUGCCUACCUUAUGAAAUCGUACAAAAAAUUGAAGAUCGCGAUAUAUCCAUUGAAAAGCUGAAAGAUUUGAGUGUCACUGAUAUAGGUAUUAUGAUUCGCAAUCAACGCGCAGCAGCUCUCGUAAAGAAGUGUUGCAAUGAGUUCCCGUGCAUUACAUUUGAAGCCAUGUUACAACCUAUUACUCGCACAGUGCUUCGAAUUCGUUUAAAAAUCAUCGGCAAUUUUACUUGGAAUGAUAAAAUUCACGGGAAAACAGCUGAAAACUUUUGGCUCUGGAUUGAAGAUCCUGAAAGUUGUUUUAUUUAUCAUUAUGAAUACGUUCAAUUAACAAAAAAACAAGUUAUCACCGAAUCCGGUCAAGAUUUGGUAAUGACGAUUCCCUUGACUGAACCAUUGCCUAAUCAGUACAUCGUUAAAGCCAUAAAUGAUCGUUGGCUGGGUUGCAGUUAUUGGGAGCCGCUAAAACUUGCGGAUUUGAUUUUGCCUGAUUCUCAUCCUCCUCAUACUGAUCUCUUGGAACUCAUGCCAUUGCCGAAGUCCGCGCUGAAGUCUCCGGUGUUCGAGAGUCUUUACUCAUUUACGCAUUUUAAUCCAAUUCAAACUCAAAUAUUUCAUUGCCUAUAUCAUACGGACAACAAUGUGCUUUUGGGCGCUCCUACUGGUUCGGGUAAAACUAUCGCCGCUGAAAUAGCUAUGAUGAGAGUUUUCAGGCUAGAACCCGAUCGUAAAGUGGUAUAUAUUGCUCCAUUGAAAGCACUCGUGAGAGAACGUAUGAAAGAUUGGACGAAACGUUUGGGUGGUGUACUCAAUAAAAAUGUUGUUGAAUUAACUGGUGAUGUGACACCCGACGUAAAAUCCAUUUCAACAUCCGAUGUUAUUGUGACAACUCCAGAAAAGUGGGACGGUAUAAGUCGAAGUUGGCAAACGAGAAAUUACGUGCAAAAAGUUGCACUCAUAAUUAUCGAUGAGAUACAUUUACUCGGUGAAGAUCGAGGACCCGUACUCGAAGUCAUUGUAUCUCGAACUAAUUUUAUUGCCUCGCACACGUCCAAAACUUUGAGAAUUAUCGGGUUGUCUACAGCCUUAGCUAAUGCCGUUGAUUUGGGCAAUUGGCUGGGAAUCACUUCGACCGGUUUGUACAAUUUCCGUCCUUCAGUACGACCCGUACCAUUGGAGGUUCACAUAUCUGGAUUCGCUGGAAAGCACUAUUGUCCACGAAUGGCAACGAUGAACAAACCAACUUUUGCUGCUAUUCGUCAAUAUGCUCCACACAGUCCAUCGUUAAUAUUCGUCUCGUCUCGUCGUCAAACUCGUCUCACGGCCCUCGAUCUUAUAGCAUACUUGGCCGCUGAAAAUGAUCCAAAGCAAUGGAUGCACAUGCCCGAAGAAGAAAUGGAUAGCAUACUCGACGGCAUCAAAGAUACAAAUCUCAAGUUGACCUUAGCUUUUGGCAUUGGUCUCCAUCAUGCUGGUCUUGAGGAAAAAGAUCGACAGGUCGUCGAAGAGUUAUUUGUCAACAAUAAAAUACAGGUGCUCGUGACGACUGCUACCCUCGCUUGGGGUGUCAAUUUUCCUGCUCAUUUAGUCGUUAUCAAGGGCACCGAAUAUUUUGACGGAAAGACUAAACGAUACGUUGACAUGCCAAUUACAGAUGUUUUGCAGAUGAUGGGUCGUGCCGGUCGACCACAGUUUGAUACUUCUGGUGUUGCUGUUGUGCUCGUACACGAUAUAAAGAAGAAUUUUUAUAAGCACUUUUUGUAUGAGCCUUUUCCAGUUGAAUCUAGCCUUUUAGACGUCCUUCCAGAUCACAUUAAUGCUGAAAUUGUCGCUGGCACGAUCAAAACUAAGCAAGAGUUUCUCGAUUAUCUUACCUGGACCUACUUUUUCAGGCGUUUGUUAAAAAACCCUCGAUACUACAACUUGGAAGACAUGGAACCAGAGAUGGUUAAUAGUUACUUAUCAAAUUUAGUUGAUAAGACGCUUGCUGUUUUAAUAGAUUCGCAAUGUGCAUUUUUCGACGAGGACGCACAAAUUAUAGAUCCGUUACCUUUAGGUAGGAUAGCUUCAUACUAUUAUUUAUCACAUCAAACAAUUGCCAUGUUCAACGAAAAGUUGCAGGACAACAUAUCGUUAGAGGAAUGUUUGAGAGUCAUGUGUGAUGCUCAUGAAUACGACGAAUUACCUGUUCGUCAUAACGAAGAUUUACUUAACGAGGAAUUAGCAAAAAUGUGUAAAUAUAAAGUUGAAUCGCUAUCGUAUGACUCAUCAAAUACGAAAGCCUUCCUGCUUCUACAAGCGCACUUUUCCAGAUUACCUUUGCCAUGUGCAGAUUAUUAUACAGAUUUGAAAUCCGUUCUCGAUCAGUCAAUACGUAUUUUACAGGCUAUGAUUGAUGUUGUCGCCGAACGAGGACAUUUAUCAUCAACUCUCCAGGUGAUGCAGCUGUUACAAAUGGUACUGCAAGCUAGAUGGGUUGAAGAGUCAGCAUUACUGACUCUGCCUAAUGUAGAGAAAGAGCAUUUAUAUUUAUUCGAUAAAUUUCCCAAAUGUCUUCCUCUAUUUUGCUCUAACUUGGCUAAGAAUAGUAGGUACUUUUAUGAAACAUUUUUGAAGGAAUUUAUUGAAACGCAAGUUAACAAAAUUCAAGAGGUAGCUAAAGAAAUGCCCAUUUUAUGGGUGGACCUUUGCAUCCAAAAUGGUUCAGAUUCUGAGGAUCACAUUGAAAAUAAAAUCGAAUUAAGGCGAAACGUUUGUAAUUAUAUCGAUGUUAAAGCGGAUCAUAUGUAUACUUUAGUCGUAGGCACAAAACGGAAAAAUUAUUCCAAGUCAUUAAAAGCGCACUGUCCACGUUUCCAUCGUCCCAAAGACGAAGGCUGGUUCUUGGUACUUGGCGACAUAAAGGAACGCGAACUCUGGGCUCUGAAGCGCAUAUCAGGAGUAAAUAAUCGAAAGACUCAUUAUCUAACGUUUAUACCACCAUCUAAUUUAGGAAAAAUUGAUUUACAAUUUUACGUGAUGUCUGACUGCUAUUUAGGACUGGAUCAACAGUAUACCAUCCCAUUGAAUGUGAUAUAAUUUUUUUUAUCUUUCAAAGAUGGAUUAAUCAACGUAUUAAUUAUUCAAAUUAUAAAAGUAUUAUCAUUUACUGUAAUUAUAAUUACUAAAAUUGAAAUAGUAUCAUAAUUAUCAUAAUGAUAUUCUUAAACAAAGAUAGAUUUCAAAUAA